GUUAGUUGAAGCUAGCACAGACUCUUUAGAUAAUUCGACAAGUAUAUUUACAAUUGUGGUUAACGUUAGGCUUAGUCGUGAAAUUAAAGCCGUGUAGCUAUUCAGCUCUCUUAAGUUCAAAUGAUUCGCAUGUCGGUAACUGAAGAUAACGAACAUUUGAAUUUAAUAACAGACGCCUUCAAGAUGAAGAAAAAGCCAAGAUCUUCCCCCGUGGAAACCCAGGCCUAAUUCCGCCGACACAAACAUCAAAUGUACAACACCAGAAACAGUAAAAUCAAAGGUAAAGAAGGAGACAACACUGGCUUCUCCCGUAACACCAGUCAUGUCGUCAACUCCACAGCGUGAAAAAUUGAGAACACCCAUCACUCCCUCUUCAACUCCACGUUUAGGAAGAUUGAGAUCUAAGUGGUUAUGUUCUCAAGAAAACCAGGGGGAUAUUAUUUGGGAUUGUAGUUCUCCCAAUCAAAGGAAACUUGAUUCAGCAAAAUCUACUGUUGGAGAAGAAAUAACAGAAAUAGUGAACUUCAUACCAGUGAAGAAACAGCAGAGCUGUGCUUCUCAAGACAUUGAUCAAAUUAGAUUAGUUGAGAAGUGGAUGUCCAAAGAAAAUUUUACAUCUCAUUCUUCAGAAGGAAAAAG